AUUGAUUAAAAACAAGUGUAAAAUAUAGACCAACAAUUAUUGCAAAUAAAAAUCAGAAUGGCAGUUGAAUUAAAUAUUAUUUUUCUAAUAGCAGUGGCUAUUAUUUUUAAAACCUAUUACAUAGACAAGGAAGAACCUUGGGUUUCACAUCUGAAUACAACUUAUGACUAUAUCAUUGUGGGAGCUGGAUCAGCGGGCUGUGUACUAGCCAAUCGUUUGUCAGAAUCUGCUAAUGUGACGGUCUUAGUGCUGGAGGCAGGGGGCAGUGACGUGGGUGACCCUUUGAUAGAUACGCCAGGAUAUGCCCCUCUCACUCUCAAAACUGAUAUAGACUGGGCGUAUUACUCAGAACCUCAGAGAGAUGUUAUGGGUGGCUUGAAAGAUGGUCGCUCCUUCUGGCCCCGUGGAAAAGUUGUUGGUGGUUCUGGUAGUGUCAAUGCUAUGAUAUAUGCUCGUGGUUCUCGCCAUGACUACGACAGAUGGGCCAAGUAUAUGGGAGUGCCUGACUGGAACUAUCAACAUGUCUUGCCUUACUUCAACAAGAUGGAGAACGUCUUGAUAAAAGGUCUUGAGGAUUCAGAUUAUCGAGGGCAUGAUGGACCAAUAACAGUCAAUCACAUAGAACCACAUCCUAUAGUGGAGAAGUUAGUUGAGGCAGCUAAAGCUGUGGGGUACCCUGAUAAUCAGGAUUAUAAUGGAAGAUCUAUGGAAGGUGUAUUCAAUGCACAAGUAAACUCCAACAGUGGUGAAAGAUGGAGCACAGCAAAAGCUUAUCUCCAUCCAGUGCUGGACAGGUCAAACCUCCAUGUUGCUAUCCACUCUCAUGUCACUAAGGUAGUAAUAAAAAACAAAGAGUGUAAAGGAGUUGAGGUCAUAAGAAAUGGGAGGAAGUACAUGAUACAAGCCAGGAAGGAGGUGAUACUGUCAGCUGGUACUGUAGGCUCCGCCCACAUCCUCAUGCUGUCAGGUGUUGGACCCCAACAGCAUCUUGAAUCUCACAAGAUUUCUGUUGUUGCUAACCUACCUGUGGGAGAGAACCUACAAGAUCACCUGUUUUUUGAUGUUGGUGUGCAGAUCAAAGAGCCUUUGUCUGCCACAAGAAAUAGUUUCAGUUCUCUCUGGUCACAUCUAAUGUACAAGCUCUUUGGCACAGGGCCUAUGAGCUCUCCAUUUUUACUAGAGAGCUUAGCUUUUAAAAGCACAACAAAGGAAACUAGGGAAAUGGAUUGGCCAGAUUUACAGUUGGGGUUUACUAGUGCAUUGCCAAGUGGUGUGUUACUGGAUAAGUUUGGUUAUAAUGAAGAGGUCAAAGCUGAAAUGGCUGGGAGGGAUGUAGCUGAUUAUGGCUUUGCUUGCCUCCCUUGUCUUACACGCCCAGAAAGCAGGGGGCUCAUUAGUCUGAGAUCUAAUGAUCCGUUUGAUUAUCCUGUCAUUCAAGCUAAUUACCUGAAGCGCCAGGAGGACAUAGAACUCCUGAUUAGAGGAAUAAACGAAUGUAAAAAAAUGCUUCAGACUAAGACGAUGAUGAAAUUAGGGGCAGAGUUAACAGAGAGAACCAUACCCGCAGUCUGUGCCAGUUACAAGUAUGACUCACAUGAGUACUGGCAGUGUCUGGUCAAGCGCAGACCACUCACCAUGUACCACCCUGUUGGUACCUGUAAGAUGGGACCACCAGGGGAUGCCACUGCUGUGGUUGACCCUCAGUUAAGGGUACAGGGCAUUGGCGGCCUGCGUGUGGUGGAUGCCUCCAUCAUGCCCUGGAUUGUGUCAGCCAACCCUCAGGCUGCUGUGGUCAUGAUUGCAGAAAAGUCUGCGGACAUGAUCCUGGGGAAAACUCCAAUGCAGCCGCUACAGUUAUGAUAAUCAACAAACAUACCUAGAUACACAUGUGACCAAGUAGUUUUUUAAAGUAU